AUGUUGCCAGUGGCCAUCAAAGGUGAGAAUCUGCCAACUGACGUUGGUUACGUCACCAAACUGCUGUCAGGUCCAGACUGGAAAUCACCCAGGUUUCAGGUCAAUGGGGCCAGUGAAGAUGACCAAACUGAGAGGUCCCCUAGACCCGGAGGAUCCCAGGGGGUUUUGAGACGCAGCACCAGAACCACCAGGGACCAACAGUCCAUUAUCUACGACUGCCUCAUCACUGAUACUGCUGAGGCGGUCCUCCACAAGAUUGAUGACAUGAAGAUGUGCCGCCACUUGAAAAACUCAAAACAAUCAAUGAUGUAUUCUAAAGCCCAGCGAAAGAAGACUACCGCCUCUCCAACAGUAAAAACUGUUUCCAAACAAGAAACUGAAGAGUACUCUGAUGACGGUGGAGACGAUGAGGACGACGACGAUGAUGAGGACGACGAUGAUGAGGACGACGAAAACGACAAUAACGGCAAGCGCUAUGAACCUCGACAGAAAAAAGCGGUGGUUCGUUACCAUGCGCCACUGGAUGAAUCCAGGAAUCAGCCGCCCGUGUUUUUCGACCGUCAGGCAACUUCCACUAGAGGGAGCUACCGCAUCAGUGCCUCAGUGCCCAGGAGUGCCUAUACUACCAGCCGAAGGAGUGGCAGGAAAAGGUAUGCUUGGCACACCCGGGAAGCCAGCUCCUCUGAUGAGGACGACUCCUCUGAUGAGGAAGACGCAGAGCAAGAAGCCAAGAACAGGUCAGUUAACAUGUGUCUGCCUCUGAAUUUGCGAAAAGAGGACAUUUUGGGAAUCCAUAAGGACAGAAUGAAGAUGGGUGCGAGCCUGGCGGAUGUCGACCCCAUGGUGAUUGACCAGUCGGUGCGCUUUGACAGCGUUGGUGGUCUGACAAGCCACAUCUCCGCCCUGAAAGAGAUGGUAGUUUUCCCUCUGCUCUACCCAGAGGUGUUUGAGAAAUUCAAGAUCCAGCCCCCAAGGGGCUGCCUGUUCUAUGGUCCCCCGGGUACGGGGAAGACCCUGGUAGCCAGAGCGCUGGCCAACGAGUGCAGCCAGGGGGACAGGAAGGUGGCCUUCUUCAUGAGGAAGGGGGCCGACUGCUUGAGCAAGUGGGUGGGCGAGUCGGAACGCCAGCUCAGGCUGCUCUUUGACCAAGCCUACCAGAUGCGGCCAGCCAUUAUCUUCUUUGAUGAAAUCGAUGGGCUGGCUCCGGUUCGCUCCAGUCGCCAAGACCAGAUACACAGUUCCAUCGUGUCCACCCUGCUGGCCCUGAUGGAUGGCCUGGAUAGCCGAGGAGAGGUGGUGGUGAUUGGAGCCACCAACCGACUGGACUCUAUCGACCCCGCCCUUAGACGCCCCGGACGCUUCGACAGGGAGUUCCUCUUUGGCCUCCCUGAUCGUGAGUCCCGGAAAGAUAUCCUAAAGAUUCACACCAGACAGUGGAAUCCUACACCGUCCGAUCCUUUCCUGGAGGAGUUGGCUGAUAAAUGUGUUGGCUACUGCGGCGCCGACAUCAAGGCGGUGUGCGCCGAGGCGGCCCUCUGCGCGCUACGCCGCCGUUACCCCCAGAUCUACGGCACGUCCCAGAAGCUCCUGUUGGAUGUGGGCUCCAUCAACAUCAACAGCAGGGACUUUGUGGCCGCCAUGAGGAAGAUGGUGCCAGCCUCCCAGAGGGCCGUGUCGUCCCCUGCCAAGGCCCUGACCCCCGUGGUCACGCCUCUGCUGGGCCCCGAACUCACCAACGUGCUGGACGCACUGCAGAAGGUCUUCCCCCACGCCGAGCAGGGCCUCAAGAGGAAGAGGGACACAGAUCUGACAGCUAGCAUUCUGGAGGAUGACCUCAUGUACAGUGGGGACGAGGGCCCCUCAUCCAAUAAUUCCAUCACCAAACAGACCACCACCAAAGGGAGCUUCCUCCAUUUUGCCAGGAGUGCGACCUGCCACCCCACCACCUACCGGCCCAGGCUGCUGCUGGUCGGGCGUCCCGGGGCGGGUCAGAGCUCCCACCUGGCCCCCGCCGUGCUGCACGCCUUGGAGAAGUUCACCGUCUACACCCUGGACAUGGCCGUGCUGUUUGGAGUCAGCUGCACCUCCCCGGAGGAGGCCUGUGCUCAGGUGUUCUGCGAGGCCAAGCGGACCUCCCCCAGCAUCCUGUACAUCCCCCACAUCCAGCAGUGGUGGGACACGGUGGGCCUGACCCUCAAGGCCACAUUCCUCAGCCUGCUGCAGGACAUCCCCUCCUUCUCCCCCAUCAUGCUGCUGGCCACCAGCAACGUGGCUCACCACGACUUGGCUGACGAGAUCCAGACUCUGUUCCGGUUGGAGUACGGAGAAGUGCACUCUAUCAAAACUCCCACCCAGCAGGAGAGAAGGAAGUUCUUUGAGAAUCUCAUCCUUAGCCAGGCUGCCAGGGCACCUGCUUCCAAGAAGAAAGCCUUGAUGCAUGCCAUGGAGGUGCUCCCCCUUGCCCCUCCUCCUCCCCCCAGGCAGAUGAGUGAGAGGGAGCGUCUGCGUCUGGAGGAGCAAGAGGAGGACACACUCAGGGAGCUGAGGCUGUUCCUGCGCAACGUCACCGAGCGCCUCUCCCAGGACAAGCGCUUCAAGGCCUUCACUAAGCCUGUGGAUGUCGAAGAGGUCCCUGACUAUAUUAAGGUGAUCAGGCAUCCCAUGGACCUCUCCACUGUGCUGUCCAAGGUCGACCUCCACAAGUACGUGACCGUCAGGGAGUUUGUCAACGACGUGGACCUGAUCUGGAAGAACGCCCUGGAGUACAACCCUGACAGCGACCCAUCUGAUCGUCAGAUUCGUCACCGGGCUUGUGCCCUAAAGGACACGACCCACGCCAUCAUCCGGGACGAACUGGACGAGGACUUUAACAGGAUCUGUGAGCAGAUCAGAGAGUCACGCAACAAGAGAGGGUGCACGUCAUCAAAGUUCGCCCCCUCUUACUACCAGACCUUGCCCAGAGAGGAAGGGUUCGCAGAGUCCAAGAGGCCAGGCGGUAACACUGGCAAAGACGCCAGCACCCCGUUCACUGCCAACACCCCACGGCCCGCACCCCCAAGAAUUAAAAAGAAAAGUCUUCCUUCCAACAAUGAGAUCACAAACUCUGGGGAGGAAGAGGGGGAUGAGAGGGAUCGCAUAGAGGAGGGUGAAGAGAAACAAGCUAAGCCUUUGGAGACUAUUCUAGAGAACGGCUGUGGAGACUCCCCUAUGGAGUGUACCUCGGAGAAGACCAGUGCCGAGGAUGUGGAAGAGGCCUGUGUUACAGAGCAGCUCACCACCCCCAUCCCCAAUGGAGACUGGCAACAGCAAGCUCAAGACCCCACAGAAGAAUCACACAGGUCCAAUCUGGGGUCUAAGCCGGUUCAGUGGUGGCAGUCAAUGGGAGACCACCAUCAGCCUGCCAGCCCUCCAGUGGAACAUGACCCAAGUCCAGUUAACAACACCCCUACAAAGGAGAUAGAUCAGGGGGAGAAACACCACGCAAAGACCAAAGAGCCUGACAUUUUGGAGGAGGACUGGGACAUAGAGAGGCGUGUGACCCGUGCCACUAUGACUCUGGUGCAGCAGUUGACUCUGGUGCAGCAGCAACAGCAGUUGAUUGACGUGGACAAGGCCCUGGAGAUUCUGACCCAGAAGACUCCUCAGCUGGUUGUGGACCACGACAAACUCAAGCAAUUGCUCAAAAGAGCUGUGUCCAAGACUGAGGGUUAUGAGGUGCAUCAGCUGGAGAAGCUCUAUGCGUUGUUGUGUCAGAGCAUCUACAGAUACCGCAAGAACUUUGAUAAGACGGAGCUCGUACAGGAAAUGAAGGGAGACAUUGACAACUUUUCCUAACUUCGCUUGAUGUUUUGCUUAUUUCCAUAUUGUAAUAAAAUAUGAUGCAUUUAAA